AAAAGUUUCAAAUGGAAAAUCUUUUGGGUCUUCUCAGAGUACGAGUCAAAAGAGGCAUCAAUCUCGCAGUUCGUGAUGUUCGCAGCAGCGAUCCCUACGUUGUCGUCAAGAUGGCUAAACAGAAAUUGAAGACUCGAGUUGUAAAAAAGGAUGUUAAUCCUGAGUGGAAUGAAGAUUUAACUCUUUCUGUUGCAGAUCCCAAUCUUCCUGUCAUGCUGACUGUGUAUGAUCACGACAUUUUCAGCAAAGAUGAUAAAAUGGGAGAUGCAGAAUUUGACAUCAGGCCAUUUCUAGAGGCUCUGAAGAUGAACUUAAGUGGCCUCCCAGGUGGCACCAUUAUCACUAGAAUACAACCGUGCAGAUCUAACUGCCUGUCCGAAGAGUCUAAUGUUGUAUGGCAAGAUGGUCAGGUUGUGCAGGAUAUGUGCCUAAGAUUGAGAAAUGUGGAAUGUGGAGAGAUCGAACUUCAACUUCAGUGGAUCAACCUUCCUGGUUCCAGGGGUUUAUAGAAUGCAGUGUGUAUACAUACAUCUGAUUGCAGUAAGCUGCAGUCUAUGAACUGCUUUGUGAAUUGUGCUCUCACAAUUGAUCUCUAGUCGUGAUCAACGGAAUUUGUUAUAUUUGCACACUGAACCAAUCUGUUGUGCAAGGUUUUUCUAGCCUAUCGUAUAUUUGGUUUGAAUAUUCUUUUCAAAUUUUCUUGUAUCACUGUAGUUAUAUGGUAUGUAAUCAAUAUACAAGUUUGCAUAAAAGUUCAUCCCUUUGUG